AUGGCAGUCCCUAUGCUCUCUCUCAUCUUGCACCUAAUGCUAUUGUUUUCAGCGUCCUUUGUUUCAUCUCAGCAGAUUAAUGGUACAGCCGAUACAGAUUUCUCGUGUUCUCGAAACUCAACUGCAACAUGUGAAACCUAUGUCACGUACCGUGUUCAGUCUCCUAAUUAUCUCGAUUUGGGGUCUAUUUCUCGUCUAUUCGGGAUAAGCCGAUUUGCUAUUGCAAAUGCAAAUCAGCUGGUGGCAGAGGAUGGUCAUCUUGUGCCUAAUCAGCUACUUCUGAUACCAAUCCAGUGUAGUUGCAAUGGAUCAUAUUACUUCUCUAACAAUGUAACCUACAACAUCAAGGCCGGCGACAGCUUAUAUUCGGUUUCAAUCCAUGCUUUCCAGAACCUGACCAAGUAUCAGUUUGCUGAAGACAUGAAUCCAUCUUUGAAUCCGCUUAAUUUGACAGUUGGAGAAGAAGUGGUGUAUCCUAUGCUCUGUAAGUGCCCUUCUAAGUCAGGUAUAAUUAACAGCGGAAAUUUUCCAUACCUUCUUACUUAUGUAUGGCAGCCAGGGGAUGAUCUGUUGCCUGUGAGUGCCAUGUUUAAUACAUCUCCACAAGCUAUAGCUGAAGCAAAUAAUUUCAGGAAUUUCACUUCUGCAAUUUGUCUUCCUGUGCUAAUCCCAGUUCAGCAGCCAAUCAUUAGGCAAACCCUAUCCCCUCCGGCUUUGACCAGAAAAUCGAAAAGUAAUAAGCGGUCGCUUAUUGCUGGUUUAAUUGCUGCGCUCUCUCUUUUACUUCUUAUUUUGGCUGUCCUGUCAUACAUGCAUGGAUCAAAGAAGAAAAAGAAAGAAUUAGCGCGCCGUGCCUCUUCAGUUGAAGCGGCGCUUAUGAACAGCGAGUCCAAGUCCAUCCAGGAUAAGGUCAUUCCAGGAGUCUCAGGAUAUCUUGGCAAGUUGAAUGUUUAUGACACAAAAGUGAUUAUGGAAGCAACUUUAGAUCUUGAUGAACAAUACAAUAUUGGAGGAUCUGUGUACAGGGCGAAGAUAAAGGAUCAGAUAGUUGCUGUUAAAAAGACUAAAGAUGGUACAGAGGAAUUGGCUUUAUUGCAGAAAGUAAACCAUGGAAAUCUAAUGAAGUUAGUGGGCAUAUCCUUUGAGAAUGGGAGGACAAUCUUCCUUGUGUUUGAAUAUGCAGAAAAUGGUUCACUGGAUAAGUGGCUGUUUCAUGAUUCACCAUCUUGUUCUGGCUCAUUUGCUUACCUUACAUGGAGCCAGAGAUUAAACAUCGCUUCAGAUGUCGCGAACGGCCUGCAAUACCUGCACGAACACACUCAACCAAGCAUUGUUCAUCGGGAUAUCAGGUCUAGCAACAUACUCCUUGAUUCAAGGUUCAAAGCCAAGAUAUCGAAUUUCGCAUUGGCGAAACCUGCUACAUGUUCAUCUGUUCUAAAAGUUGAUGUGUUUGCUUUCGGAGUUGUUCUCUUGGAGUUGCUCUCGGGUAGAAAAUCAAUGGAAACAAAAGAUAGUGGCGAAAUAGUGAUGCCAUGGAGAGAUAUAAGAGGAGUUUUGGAAGAUGACGAGAAGAAAGAAGAGAGGCUAAGGAAUUGGAUGGAUCCACUUUUAGGGAGUUCAUAUCCCUUAGAAGGAGCUUUGAGCUUGGUAAACUUAGCCAGAGCUUGCACAUCGGAGAAAUCUUCAGAGCGACCGACAAUGGCUGAAAUCGUGUUCAGCCUCUGCCUUCUUAAUGAUACAUAUUCUGAUAUGCAUGAAGGAUCUUGGGCUUCCGGAGAACCUGAAGAAGCUAUUCACUUUGCUACUCCGGUAAAAGCUCGUUGA